AUCUCCAUAGCAACUUGUAUCUCCUAGGUAUAGACAGAGGAUGACUCAUUAUCAUUGAUUUUCCAGGUCAGGGUCAUGCUUGUGGCACUAAUGUUAACAGCUUCGACAGCAAAAACCUGACUGGAGUCUGUGAAGACAUGUGAGGUAUUCACAAUAACCAGAAUGACCAAGCCACGGAAGGAGAGAGAGAAGCUAUCAUCUGGUUCGCAGGGUUACCUCUGAAAAUGCUAUGAAAUCUGUAAAUGACUACUCUACUGUUAGUGCAGAAGACAUCUGCUAAAUUGGCCUGCUAAGCGUCCCUUUUCUCCAUGGAUCUGAUUUCGAGAUAAAGAAUUAACAAAUGGCUGAAGAGAAUUUGACGGCUGUUACUGAAUUUAUUCUCUUGGGACUGACGGACAUUGCAGAACUGAAAGUUAUGCUUUUUGUGUUAUUCCUAGUGAUAUAUGCCGUUACCUUGGUGGGGAAUCUGGGCAUGAUCUUCUUAAUCCAAAUCACUCCCAAACUCCACACACCCAUGUACUUUUUCCUCAGCUGCCUUUCAUUUGUAGAUGCCUGCUAUUCAUCAGUUAUUGCGCCAAAAAUGCUGAUCAACUUCUUGGUUGUGAGUGAAACCAUAUCAUUCUCUGCCUGCAUAGUGCAGCAUUUGUUUUUGGGUGUGUUCAUCACCACGGAAGGCUUCUUGCUCUCAGUGAUGGCAUAUGAUCGUUAUGUGGCCAUUGUCAACCCUUUGCUUUACACUGCAGCCAUGUCUAAGAGGAAGUGUGUAGGGCUAGUCAUUGGGUCAUUCAUAGGUGGAAUGACUAACUCAUUGACACACACGAUAAGCGUAGGGAGACUGUCCUUCUGUGAGUCUAAUGUUGUCAGCCACUUCUUCUGUGAUGUUCUCCCACUGCUAAAGCUGUCAUGUUCUGACACUUCCAUGAAUGAAUUGUUGCUCUUAACCUUCUCUGGAGUCAUUGCCUAG